AUCUGUGUACGCCCUCUUCCUCCUCUCACAUGCUUGAUUCUCUCUCGCCCAUUCCCUUCAUCUUCGGCAUGUUGUUUUAAUCCUAAUCGCACCUGUUGUCAUGUGCUGUUACAGUUAUCUGCUUCGCCUACCUCCCCUCCGUCCUCACCUACGCAUGCCCCUAUCCAUCCGACAUCCUCAGCAUGCCCAACUCCUCCGCCUACAAACGUUUUGCCCCCGCCCCGAUCAAAGCUUCUUUCCUCACCAUGUCCUUGUUUACUUACCAAUGUUUCCUUUCCUCCCCAAUUGACCGUACCGUUGACGACUUCUCGCUUCUUUUGUUUAUACCGUACUUAUCCUACCUAUUGUUAA